CAACGAUUGUGCGCUCUUAACUAAUCCUGAGUAAGGUGGCCACUUUGACAGUGUUCUCAUGCUGCUGCUGCCACCUCCUCGGUCUGAAGAUCUCGUUCCAACUCUAACACAGCAUGAUCGAAACAUAUAGCCAAACUGCUCCCCGCUCCGUGGCCCCUGGACCACCCGUCAGUAUGAAAAUUUUUAUGUAUUUACUUACUGUGUUUCUCAUCACCCAGAUGAUUGGGUCAGCACUCUUUGCUGUGUAUCUUCACAGAAGACUGGACAAGAUAGAAGAUGAAAGGAAUCUUUAUGAAGAUUUUGUGUUCAUGAAAACAUUACAGAAAUGCAACAAAGGAGAGGGGGCCUUAUCCUUACUGAACUGUGAGGAAAUUAAAAGCCGGUUUGAAGCCUUUCUCAAGGAGAUAAUGCUAAACAAAGAAACGAAGAAAGAAAAAAAUGUUGCAAUGCAAAAAGGCGAUCAGGAUCCUCGAGUUGCAGCACAUGUCAUAAGUGAGGCCAGCAGUAGCACAGCGUCUGUUCUCCAGUGGGCCCCCAAAGGCUACUACACCAUAAGCAGCAACUUGGUAACCCUCGAUAAUGGGAAGCAGCUGGCCGUUAAAAGACAAGGACUCUAUUAUAUCUACGCCCAAGUCACCUUCUGUUCCAAUCGGGAAGCUUCGAGUCAAGCUCCGUUUAUAGCCAGCCUCUGCCUUCAUUCCCCGAGUGGAUCCGAGAGAGUCUUACUCAGAGCUGCAAAUGCCCGCAGUUCCUCCAAACCCUGUGGGCAGCAAUCCAUUCACUUGGGAGGAGUCUUCGAACUGCAUCCGGGUGCUUCGGUGUUCGUGAACGUGACUGAUCCGAGCCAAGUGAGCCACGGGACGGGCUUCACGUCUUUUGGCUUGCUCAAACUCUGAACACUGGCACCUCGCAGGCCGCGGCUGAGCUCACGCUGGUGGUCUUCUAGCACAGCAAAGCAGUUAAGCCCACCCCCUGUUGAACUGCCUAUUUAUAACCCUAGGAUCCUCCUCGCGGAGAACUAUUUAUUAUACACCCCCAGGCCUGUAGGGCUGCGACUCGCGAAUCGCGGGGCCGAGCAGCCCAAGCAGGCCCCGGUCCGUCAGAGUCUAUAGUCUGAAGCGACAAGCCCCCCCACCCCCCACCCGAGGCAGCCGUCCGGAGAGUCCCAUAGGAGGGCGAGCCCAGGACGCCGGCGCCGGAAACAAAGUAAACGGCAGAAAAUUCGUCAAGGUUAGGUUUGUGUCUUUGCGUGCAGUGUCUUUCCGUGGGUGAUGUCUUUGAUUACUGAAGACGUUGGUUCCGGGUUCCUGCGGCCCCUACGAUGGAGGGGGCAGGCUCUAGAAAGUCUGCUGCAGCGGAGAACUGAAAAACCCUGCCCCCCCCCUCCCGCCUCCCCCCGCCCCACACUCAUUCUCUCCCUCCUCCGCCCCCCUCAUCCGCACACAGUCAGGCUGUUACUACUCGGUUCUCUUAUUUCAACCCUGUCCCGUCUCCUG